AAAGGCCCCAUUAGAGCCUAAAUCUAUUUGAGCAACGGUCACUUUUUUCAAACGCGCUCCAAACUCUUUCCUUCUUUUAAGCCCCCGCAUCCCCUCCCUCCCCCCUUCACAUCUCUCUCUCCUCUCUCUCCCUGGGUGUGUGUGUUACAUCAAAACCAGCUUCAUUGAAUUUAACAUAAGCAUCUGAAACUAAUGGGUUGGUUUUCUGUCUUUCCUUGUUUCAAUAAUUCCAAGCAUCGGAAACUCAAGAAAUCUGCCAACCCAACGACUUCAUCUUCUUCUAUAGAUCAGGGAAAUGAGAAAACUUGCAAGUCUCUUCUGAUCAAAGUACCCACAGAAGAAUCAACAAAUCUUGGUUCACUCCAAAACCCCGUUUCAGAAUCCAGGGAUAGCAGCGAAGAUCAACUGAUCAAUGACAGUGACGAUAAGUCAGUCACUAUAGAUUUAGACGUUGAGGCCAAUGCAGAUAUCCCCAUUGAAAAGGUUGAGUUUCUUUCGGUAGAAAGUAAAGAGGAUACGGAGAAAAAUACAGCGGAGAUUGGAAAAUUAGGAGUUCUUGUGGAACUUGAGAGUGAGAAAAAAGAAAAUGAAGAAUUGGGAAAUCUUGUGGAGAUUGAGAAAAAGAAAGAAGAAUGUAAGAGUUCAGGAAUUCAUGUGAAACUUGAGAAUGAAAGAGAUAAUAAAAUUCGAGCCUGCUCUGAUUCUAGUGUUUCAAGCUAUAUAUCUUAUCCACCGAUGCACAGAUACCAUAACUGUGUAAUCAACGAAGAUGAAGAUCAUGUAUUGAUUCAAGAGGAUUCAUCUGAAUCCUUAUUUUCUUUAUCAAUCAAUCCGAGAAGACUAUCAAAGUCUUGCCCAGUUGACUUGGAUGAUAAAGAGGUCAACAGUCCACUGAAAACCAGUCGUUCACCGGAGCUGAAUGCAAAAUCAAUCAGGGAUGAUCAGAACCAAAGCAUUGAUAAUUCGUUGUUGAAUCCAAUUGAGAAUCUUACUCAAUGGAAAACAUUGAUUCCCAAACCAAUACCUCCUUUCAAUCAAAAUCACAACCAAGAAAAAGAAAAUCUCUAUUUACAACCACAACAACAAGAAACCCAGAUCCCACAUAAAGCUUCAGUUUCAGAUCGAAAUGGGAAAGUUAAAAAAGAUAGUGAAGAAGUGACUACAAGCCUUUCAAGCUGGUUGAUUGAAAAUGAAAAUGAAGCAGAUAAUAAUAAGACAGUUGAAGUAAGCAUGGGAGAUAGUCAAUUUUCUGUAGGGAAUUCGUGUUCAUAUUCUGAUGGGGCAACUUCUUGGAAGAGCUUUGAAGAUCGACCCAUUUUAGGAGCUUGGACCAUUGAUGAAGUCAAACAGGUGUCUGCAAGAUCAUCUCCAAGAAAGUCACCAUGUCGGGACCUUGAUGACACUCCAAUCAUAGGAAGUGUUGGGAGUUACUGGAAUCAUACAGAUUCUCCAAACUCUUUCUCUUCAUCUCCCUUGGGAGGAAAGCCCAGAAGAAAUCAAAAGAAAGCCUUGAGCUGUCACUCUACACCUGUUAAGGCAAGAUUGGAGAGAGCAUUGGACAAGAAUGCUGUUUAAGUUAAGUUUAAAAAGUACGUUCUCUUAUUUUUGUGUUAGAUUUUGAUUGAUGAUACUGAUUGAAGAAUAAAUGGGAUGAUGGUGUUUUCAUCUCUAGUCUAUUGUAUAUGCCAUUUUGUUAGUGCUUGUGAAUACUAAACUCUGGUUUUAUAUAUACAUACUAUGAUUUUGAAUUCAAUUUUGCUUCUUGGAG